CUGUGAGUGGCCAGUGGUGGCGGGCUCUGGCGUGUGAGUGGCUGGCAGUACAGGUGCGAGGGACAACAACAACAAGAUGGACGCGUGUACUGCGGUGGCCAGAGAAAUAGAAAAAGUCCUGUCCAAAUUUACCUCGUACAGUGACCACGCAACGAGCACCAUCACGUCUCUGUACAGUAACAUCGAAAGCCUUCAGUCAGAGAUAGACCAAGGCACUGGAGACAUCACAGAGGCACAGGCAGUAAUCCUGAGUCAAGCCAUUGGGCGUGUUAAGGAGGCUGUGAACAGGCUCAGUACUGAACACAGGGACCUGCACUCCUCUGUCUCCAAGGUCGGCAAGGCAAUUGACAAGAACUUUACUGCAGACUUUGGGUGCAUCAGUAAUGACUCAGUAUUUAGUGGAGACAAACGGCAGCUUGUCAAUGAGGUGAUCUGCCAGCACUUCUUCCGAGAGGGACUGCUGGACAUUGCUGAGGAGUUCAUCAGUGAAACAGGGCUGGAGCUGCAGGAAGAGUCAAGAGAGCCUUUCUUUGAGUUGAACAGGAUUCUGGCAGCUCUAAAGGCAAGAGACCUUGGUCCAGCACUGCAGUGGGCUGAGGAGAACAGGGAGAAGCUGAGAGCACAGAAUAGCAGUUUAGAGUUCAAGCUACACCGACUAGCCUACAUCAACCUUGUGAAGGAAGGUCCCCACAGAGUGCCACAGGCUAUCGAGUAUGCCCGCCUUCACUUUACUCCCUUUGUCUACCAGCACGAGAAAGUCAUCCAGAGUUUGAUGGGCUGCCUACUGUAUGUGAAGGGUGGCUUGGAGCAUUCCCCUUACACGGAUCUCUUGGGUUCCCAUCAGUGGUCUGAGAUCUGUGAGGUGUUCACCCGUGAUGCCUGUGCUCUACUUGGUCUUUCAGUAGAUAGCUCCUUGGCUGUUUGUGUCAAUGCGGGGUGUACAGCUCUGCCUGUACUGCUGAACAUCAAGCAGGUUAUGCAGCAGCGAGCUGUACACAACAUGUGGAACACUAAAGAGGAGUUGCCAAUUGAGAUAGACUUGGGCCCAUCAUCACGCUAUCACUCCAUAUUUGCUUGCCCAAUAUUGCGGCAGCAGUCAACAGAAAGCAAUCCUCCAAUGCGCCUCAUAUGUGGCCACGUCAUCUCUCGAGAUGCUCUCAACAAACUCACAACUAGCGCCAAGCUGAAGUGUCCCUACUGUCCUGUGGAACAAAAUCCUGCAGAUGCUGUUCAAAUAUUCUUUUAAUCACUGUCUCCUGUUUUAUAUAUACUGUGUCAACAAAUAUAUUUCACUGUAAGUAAGCUUUUUCACUAGUUUAUAUUCAAGAAAUACAAAUGCAUUCUUUUAUAUCAUUGUUUGAUAUAUCUAUGAUCAACCAGUCAUCUUCAUUUCAUCAUUGUAAAGUAAUUCUAAAGUCUGUGCUUUCAUAGUGAGUAGCUGUAUGUAUUAGGUAAUAGAACAGAUCUCUCUAGAAUUUUAGUAUUAAUGCAAGGGUAUAGCAGGUUCACAGUUUUAAUUACAAUAGAAGUUAAACUCAGUAGACCUUUUGGCUCACGAGUGUAAAUGUAUACCAAGUAAUACUUUCCCCUUUCUUCUUUAAGUGAUGGAAAUUAAUGACUUAGUAUUUGAGAGAUGUCUAUGGUUUAAGCAUAAUUACUGAUGAAAGAAGUCAAAGUAUAUGGAGGGAACAGCAUUCUUGCUUAGAGAAGAAAUGAGUUGUGGGAAAGAGAGAACUUGUGUUUGUAAGGAUUAAAUGUAAGUGCAGACUUGCCUGCUAUUGUUACUUCAUAGAGGCAUUAAAGUUGACAGAUUUGAACUAGACUGUUCUAGAAGUAAUUAACAACGAUCCUGGUUUCUUUGCUUGCAUGUACUUGUACUUCAUGACUAGCAGAUAUGGAUGUGGAACAUGUGGUUUCAGAUAUCUUAGCUUAUGAACUUACAAGCCAAAAAAAUAUGGUAACUUGAUUGGAAUUAGUAUGAGAAUAAUGCUUAGAUGUAAUAUAAAGAUGGUGUAAGAGAAUCUUUUAUGUUUUGAGAACAUAAAAUUGCUAGAAAAAAAUAAAUUAGACAGACAACUAAUGGAUGCAGAGAUAACUGGAGAGGUUUAUCAGCAUUGGUCUGACUAAGGUGAUUAGUGAUACGGAUGAUUUUAGUUAUGAUGUACUGAAUAGUGUAUCAGUCCUAGUUUUAUGUAGAUAAGAAUGUGCUUUGCUUUUUAAGAGAGAUUAAGGCAGUUAGUUGUGCUUUAACUGAGAAGUUUGGUUUUCACAUUGUGUUAGAUCUUCACCUAUGCCCCAUUACAUCAUACAGAUAGUUAUUCUCACAUGAGGAAUUUUGUAAAGGAAACACUAUGUUUGUUUAUAGAUUUAGUUAUUAUUGUGUAUAGAAAGUACUUAUUUAUAUUGGGUGCUUUACCAAAUUUUGUGUUUAUGAAUUGAAAAUCUUGAUAGGAUUUUAGAGAAUACUAGACAGUCAUAAUUUGAUCCAUCAUAAUAUACAUGUACAGUAUAUAUUCAGUGCAGGUUCCUAAUUAAAUGUUGUUUAUAUUUUCAUCUCAUUCUUUUAUUAGUAACUUUGAAAUACAUGACUCAUAGAAUGCAGUGCAUAGACUGAUACUACUGCAUUCAUUUUACAUAUACUGUGUAAAUGCUUUUCAGUAUAUUGACUUUUUUGGGAGUGGUUUUAAAGUGAAGGCUUAGGAUUAUUAUAAAAUGAAGGUUUUUAAGUGUGGCUGUCAUGCUUUUCCAGACAACACUUUGAUCACCAUUGUCUGUCCUCAUUUUGGUUCUCUGGUCAUGUAAAGGAUAUAGGUUUCAGGAAGGAAGAUCUUAUUUUAAUUAUAUCUUGAGCAAAUCUGGUUUCAUGGUUAAUUCUGCUAGUAAUAACAAAUGUUACACUCUUAUAACAAAAUAUGUCAUUCACUGACAGAAGGAAGAACAUGAAUCAUGCAGUUGGUCUGCUUUUAACCGUGAGGCCCAGUGGCUAAGAUAUGAGGAAAUGCUUGUGAAUAUAUGUAUUUAGGCAUUUUGUCUCAGUUACACCACUGUGAUGGAAUAUCAACCUAGUAAAACAUCGUUUACAUAUUACUUAUGCGAAUUGCUUCAGAUGCAAUGUGUAUCUGCAUAUAAGUCUGUAGCAAAAGUAUAAUUCUUUGUUUCCUAUAAGUAAUAGAUAUACUAAAACUUAGCAACAUUAACAUCCUCUAGUAUUGCACCAAAUGUGAAUAAUUUACUGCAAUCUUCUAAGAACAAUCUUCAAUCUGGCCAUCACUGGGUUUUUUUGUGCAUGCUGGUUUAGUUUUGGAAGGAAACAAAGAUAUUUGCUUAUGAUAGACUAUUUGUAUAUGUAGUAGAGAGAAAGAGAGCUUGGUGAAAUUUUUCUCACAGGAGCAAGAGUAAGGCAGGGGUAUGUGUUGUUUCAUAGUUUGAUAUUUCUAUGGUUGAUUGCAUGAGAGAGGGAAACCAAAGUAGAAAAUACUGGGGAAAGAUUGAAACUUGAUUGAUUGGGAUGAUUUAUGAAUUACUCAAUUACCAGCAGAUAGUGCAAGAAAACUUAAGAAAAUUAUGUACCUAUAAUUUUUAUAGAUAUAUGUUUGUGACAGAAACUGAAAGUGUGUACAAGAAAAAAAAAAUGAUAGAGGAAGUGGAAGUGUGUGACUCUACAUUAUUUUGUAGAAGUGUGCCGAGAAAAGGGAAUGAAAAGAAUGGAGGUGAAAGAAUUCAGGUAUGUACAGCAGAAUAUUGAUUUUUUGUGUGAAUUAGAGUCCAUGAAAGUUCCCCUUGAAAACAAUGUGUGCCAAUUUUUUAAUUCUCUUCAAAUUGAAAUGAUUAAUUUAAAAUUAAUUUUUGCCUUUUCUUUUAGGUGCUGUUUUAAAUCAAUAAUUUUAAUCUGAUUCAUGUUAACCCCUUUGCUACUGAUAACAUACCAUAGUACGUCAUAUGAAAUUGUUGCUACUGAACUGACAAAGUAUAUGUGUAUGCCACCGCUCCAAUAGGGCUUCAUCUACUCGGUUUGUGUUUUUUUUUUAUGAUUCAGUGACAAAGUGACUAACUGGCACAUUUUGUUUUCAGGGACAUUAAUUGGGUAAGUUGGCUUGUGGGGGGAGGGUUGUGAGGCCUGAGGGGAGGGAUAGUGGCUGGCGGGCAGUGUCGCGUAAUGGCGUUGUCAUUGUCAUCCUUGAGUGAUUUUGAGGGAGACCUGGAUCUAUUAGAUGAAUUAUAGGAUUCUGAGGACAAUGAAUCUCAAUCAGAAGGCCUUAUUAGUGACUCAGAUGAGGAAUAUUUGCCAGAAAAUGACAGUGAGGCCAGUAGCUCCAAGGAAGAAAGUGAUGUAAGUGGCGAGGAUGACGAGCGGCCAUGCAGCCCUGCACUGCAUGCUUCCCUCCACACUUUCUCUCUCUUAUCUGAUCCCUUUGCUGACCAGUGUUCUGGUACUGUUCUGGUCCUGAUUGAGGAUUUUUCUGGUGUUCAUCCUGAUGUACCAAGGAAUGACAUGAGUGCUUUGAACUGCUUCCAGCUAUUCAUGUCAGACGAGGUGGUAGAGUCGCUGUGUUUGUGGACGAAUGUCUGUGCAGCCAAGUUUUUCAUGGACAACCCAGCAAUAAAUCCCAAAAAGUUUAUGGGAAAAAAGUGGCUUGAUGUCACAAGGGAUGAAAUGAAUGUCUUUCUAUGUCUGCACUCCCAACAAAACAGGUGCUUGGGGUGGGGGGUUAUGUAGUGUGGGAGUGACGGGAGUCGGUAGCGAAGGGGUUAAAUCAGUGUUCCAAUGUAUCAGGGACAAGUGUAAACAUGUAAAGAUGGAUGAAGAAAUAAGAGUCCUAUGAUAUUGGAAGUAUUAUGGGAUGACUUUCAAGGGUUAUGAAAGGAUCUUUGGCCAUAAAGAGAAAUUGAAGGAAUUGUACUCUCAAAGAAAAUGAAAAUUUGUACACCAGUCAAAGAGUGUGCUGUGGAAAUGAGUUAUCUGUGGGGGGGGGGCAUGUGGAAUGACAUGGUUAGGGGGAUAAGAGGAUAGGUAGAUAGACUGCAUAUGUUUGCUUAUUUUUAUUUGUUUUAAGAUUGCUAUUUUUUACUAACCACUCAUGGAUGUACUACAUGGCAUCACAAUUAUUAGAUCAAUGACAGAUAUGAUAGGAAGCAUUGUCUUGCUAAAGUAAUUUUGCAUUUACAACCAAUGAAACAAUCAUAAUUGUUAUUUAGCACUUCAAGAAAAACAGAAUCUUUCCAUAGUAGCAUAAUUUUCUAGAAACACCAAUUUUGCAUACUACAUGAAAGGAAGACCUAACCACAACAGUAAUUGGUGUUACAGUCUUCAAAGUCUUUCAAUAACAAGAGGUCUUUAUGAGAGAGGUUAGAAUUGUAUCCAUUGCCUAUCAAAUUAUUGAUUAAGUGAAGCAAAAUCUCAUUCCAAAUUGGAUAGAAAUACCUUAGCGACAGGAAUCAUCCCAUGCUGUUAGAUCACUGAUUGUCUCACCAAUUUAGCACAUGAAAUGCCAUCAUACAGCCAAGUUGCUUUGUAGACAUUUUUUUUUCUCUCCAUUUCAUAUGUAUAUGCACAGUAACAAGAUGACUGCACUGGGCUGCUGGAGUGCCUCAUCAGAAUUACAAGUUAAUUGUGGGGGAUGUUGAUAAACAUGUAGUACAGUAUUUUGUUUUCUUGAAAGAAAUCUUAAUACAACCUAGGCCCAUCUGAAGUGAGUGCUUAUGCUAUAAUUUAAGACUCAUAUUGCAGUACAUCUGCUCCCCUCCAACAUGCUAGUCAGCUGCGAUUGAUACAUGUUACCUCAUGUCAUUCAUGGUUCUUUUCAUGCAUCUUGUGUAUGGUUCCUCGUGUUGCAGCAGAGUAACCUCUGGCAGCUGUGGAAUUAGUUUUCAUAUCACGCAAAAAUUAUUGAAGCUUAUAGGCUGUAUGUAGACUUAAAUAACUUAGGAUAGCUACAGUAAAUAAAAUUCAUACUUGUAAUUACAUUCAUUACUUACCAUGCGAUGUGUAUGUGAUAGUCCAAGAGAUGUGAUGUAUCUUGGUGUUCAUUAUCAUUUAUUUCAAAUAUGAUCACUUCAAUUCCUUGCCUUCUAUACCUUCAAUGGGGAAAACUAUGUCAUUUUGCAGUUUGUAUUUUAUGUAGAUGUCUAUAAAUUUGUUAUUGAACUUUUA